UGCCAGCUCUGCAUAGAACGUGAAAUGCGAUUGGCAGUGCAAGUAGUGUGGUGACCAAGUGUAGUCACAUUGGACUCUGUUUUCAUCAAUUUUGUUUGCAACAGUUGUCUCUAAACAAUCACAAACCCACGUUGAUAUUUGGUUUAACCUAUUUGACAUACAUUGUCGAUAUUUCAUGUACUUUAAUCAAAGUUAUUCAUUUUAGAAGCUAUCAAAAUGUUCAAUGUGACAGUUGACGCUUAUGUUUCCAUCUAACUCGUUGAUUGCCAGAACUUUUCGAUGAUACGUUGUUUGUUUAAUAAAUUAAUGUGUCAUAAUUAGUUAUUAAUCAAAAACUUACCUCAUAUGUAGGUAAUACAAACAUUAAUAUAGUAUAUAUACAUUUAUUCUUGUAUAAAAUUGUUUUCGGUGAAAAUAAUAAAUCUACAUUGCUAGGUUGAUGGUACUCUGGUGUCCUCUGUCGAAAUUCCUUCUUAUGUAAAUAAUAAACAAAAAAUAUAACAAUGGCGUCUGGAACGUGUCCUUGGUCCUGAAGAUACUAAAUUCUACGAGGAUGGUGUUGGUAGUGAACGGAGUGCUGCAGGAAGAGGUACCUGUGGAUAGCAGGUCCUUGUAUGCAGCACAUCCAAUAUAUCGUGAAACAGCAGCCCAGCUGCAUUCAAUGCCUGCAAAAUUGGUGGGUCCAGUAGGUCUUCUCUAUGUUCAACAAAGAGAAAUGGCUGCAACACUUCCUCACGACAAAAAUGUCAAUAUUUUGGGAUCAGACGACAUGACAACAUGCAUAAUUGUAGUGGUGCGACAUUCUGGAUCAGGUGCUGUGGCUUUAGCACAUCUAGAUGGAGCAGGGACUGAGGAAGCUGCAUCCGCAAUGGUCCAGAAGGUGACGGAACUAGCGCUGGGAUUCCCUGAGGGAAGAGUUGAGCUUCAACUUGUAGGUGGAUAUUCCGAUCCAAGAAAUUACUCAGAAGAAUUAUUUUAUAACAUCCUUUCUGCUUUUCACAGGCAACCAAUCGAAAUCGAUUUGACAUUGUGCUGUGUGGGCGAGCUUAAUACGACAGUGAGAGGUGGAAUUCAUUGGCCUGUCAUAUAUGGAAUUGGGCUGAAUGUCAAAACCGGCGAAAUAUUCCCAGCAACGUUUCCUGACAAGGGACCGGAUCAAGCUUUGAGGGCGGCUAGGCACCUGACAGGCGGCCAGCAAGUUUUGGACGUUUAUGACUGUACUCUUGGACUUUUGAGAAUUGGGCCAUUCAAUUAUGAUCCACUUCGUGGAGUAGAUUUAUGGCUAGCUCAGACUGAUGAUUUUAUUCUCCGGCAUCUCUCUACUUCACCAGAUGUAGAGCCACCUCAUUUUGUAGCUCAAAUAAGAGCUACGUUAAAAUAUAUUCAAGAUAACCAAUUUCCGGCUGUGACAGUCUUCCGAGAUAACAGGCCACAUUAUUACCGCCGAGAUGAAACAACUGGUGUUUGGCAACCGAUCCGAUAUGACACUGGUUUUUAAUAAUAACCUUAAAGUGCUUCAAAUACUUUCGUGCAAUACUUUAAUAAAUAAAUAAAGGCCACGAUGUAAACUGUAAAUUUAAAUCACAAGUGAAUUAAUACAUUUUUUUUUCAUAUUUUUAUUACAAGUAUCUCGAAUUAACUUCGACUGUAAUGUAAUUAAAGGAAUCUAGUAUAGAUGAAUUAUCACGAUGAGUUUAUAUUUAUGUGGCCUUUGAUUCAUUCUUUUAAUCGUGGUGUAUUCGUUGAUACCUUUUAAGUUUGCCAUAAAAUGGAAUUUUACUUUACUAUGAUGAUGAAUGGUAGAGAAAUCAGAAUAUGAUAAAGAUGUACAUAUUUGUUUUAUCAAUGCUUGGCUAGCAAAUUAUUUAGACUAAUUAUAAGAUUUGAAAAUUGAUUGCGUUUUUAUUUGAUUCACAAACAAUUAUUUCACUGUUUUCAUAUAAAUCAAAUAUACUGUUAUUAUUAAAAUGUUGAUGAAAAUUUAUAAAAUUAAAUAAAAACGCCGUCCUCGAAUUGUAAUUCUAUUAUAAAGAAAAAUAAUACGAUGAACGAUAAGCUAGCUGGCCUGGACUAGACGUUAAUAAUAUCAUUCGUGAUGAAAGCUUAAAAGUAUAUAUUUUUACAAAUUAAUAAUACGAAAAAUGAAAUAUUGUGAUCAAUUAUCUGGUAUGUAAAUAGAAGCAUCACAAGCUCGUGACAUAUUUACAUACUCAGUGAACUUUGUUAUCGUUCUGUUAUUUUUUAUUUUCAUUUGUCAUUAAAUUUUCAAAAUACAUAGAACGAGAAACUUUGUUCAAUAAAAAUACGUUAAUUGUGUUAUACAAAAUGUCAAAAAAAAAAAAUCAAUAGAAUGUAACGAUUCUGGAAAGUUUCUUGGCCAUGAUGUAAUUUAUCACUUUCGACUUUGUUCAAAGUAAACUUUAAUUUUCUUCAUAGAUCAUAUUUGCUUUUUCUCCUCUAGGAAUUAAAUAUAUUUUAUUAAGUCUUUUUUUGUCAAACGAAAACGACUGUAAUUUUAAACAUUAUUGGUGAUAUAUUUAUACUUAUACAUAAAUAAAUAAAGUUAUAAAAUGAAAGACA